ACACUAGAUCCGUACGUUUUCUUUCUCUCGAAAAUCUCUUUCUUUCUCUUUUGUGUGUAAACGAAAGAGAAUUUAAUGAAGUGCACGAGAGAUUAAUUAAUGAUUGAUAAUUAUACCGCUAUGAAAUUGAGCAAUGAUGACUUGAGCAGAUGAUGGACUGUUCGUUACAAUAAUUAAUUUCGUAAGAGUGUUGAGAGUGUCGCGUGUGCUCGAGAAGGACAUCAGCCCUUUUUAUGCAUGCGAGUGAAUGUCAGUGUUCUGCCGAGGAUAUGAGUAAAUAAGUGACGGCGGUAAAGUGCAAAGUGAUGUAAUUGGUGCAUUCGCUGCAGAGGCAAUGUGUGAUGCCAAAUCAGCCCGAAUGACACUUAGCCCACGCAGCUGAUGACAAAUGUAAACAGGAUCAAGGUGGUCGUCCUCGGCGGCCCCAGAGUCGGUAAAUCAGCCGUGGUUGUGCGGUACUUGACAAGGCGAUACAUCGGCGAGUACAGCUCGACCAGUGAUUUUCUCUAUCGACAUAGCGUCACUAUUGAUAAUGUCACAACGGAGGUCGAGAUACUUGACACAUCUAGGUGCGAGGAGAAUGGCUGUCUGUACUCACAUAUACGGUGGGGCGAGGCCUUCGUCGUGGUCUACAGCGUGACAUGUAAACGGAGCUUUCAGGAAGCUCGUGGACUUCUCAAACAACUCGCAGAUCUACGCCUGCCAUCCUAUUUCACCGCCCUCCUACUCGGCAACAAGAGAGAUUUGGAUCAUGCUCGAGAAGUAUGCGUGGACGAAGGCCAACAGUUAUCGCUGGCGCACGGAUGUCAAUUUUACGAGGUGAGCGCCGCGGAGAGUCCCGCGGGAGCGGCGUUAGCUUUUCAAGCGCUCCUGCGGGAGGCGAGAUCGGUCCAACUUCUGCGAGCGUUGCCGAUCCGCAGAAAACUGGGCGUACACUCAGUCUCGAGAGUCCUCGGGACAAUCUUCGGUAAGAACACUACCAAGGAUCGUAAAAAGAGGCCAUCGUUGAGUAUAUGACGCCUUCUAUGCGCCCUCCUCCUCGGAGGACGAGAUGAGCCAGGCAAGAGAACUGACAUCGUCGUCCUCAGCAGUAACGUUUACUCCAAUCGUUGACGAAGUCCUCAAUCAGGACGUAAAAUCUCCUUUGUGCCUUCCUGAAGAAAGACGGUCAUCACUAGGAUCCGAGGACUGUUCUCGGUUUUAGAAACGACUUUUUGAUGAGAGAGCGAUCCUUUUCUUCAGGCGAAGAAAUAUGCAUUUGCUAAUGGCAACCAAACUUCCGAAAUUUUGAAGCAUAUUCGGGGAACUGAAACUCCGAGGACGUAAGACUGAUUUUCUGGCUUUGAAGUUAUGCAGGAUCCAAGGUACGAUACACUCUGGAAGUCGGACGUGCAGAGUAUCUAAGGCUCUUUUUAACAUCCGGUAACUGAAAGUUCACUUCGAGAAGUUCCAGUCAUGGAGGGCGGCAACAUUCAUCUAAAAAGAAAAAAACUGUUUCGUGUUCUGAAGAAGGAUGUUUACGUGGUGUUCGCGUAUGAUCCUGCUUUCGAUGGUGGGAAGUGAGUAGACUCAGAGAUUGUUUGUGAUAUGCAAAAGUACUUUUUUAAAUACUGCAAUAUUUCACAGUGAUUACAAGUGACUGGCAAGUUGUUCCUGAACGACGUAGUCUUUAGAAUGAUCAAGAAUAAUCUUAUGAUUGCGAAUCGCCUCGCAAUCGGUUCCGCGAGUGCAAAUUUUACAAUUUGGGAUACAUAAAAUACUUACACAUCUCUUGGUGUUUAAGUUAUUACAUUAUUAACCCUAAACAGUACAUAUGAAAUGUAAUGAGUUUCAUAAAUGUUUCUCAUGUUAUUUUUUAUGAUAUUUAUAAAUCUUCUAAACUCUUUUCGAAAGAUUUCUAUACGAUUUUUAAACUCACAGUUUUCACACUUCUAUUCUGUUUCCCAGCUUUUGUUUGUUUGAUUUUAAAAUUAAAUAUUGUGAUUUACGGGCAUAAGAUACUGUUUAGGGUUUAUUUUUUUUUUCUUCUAAUCUUCUUUCGAACGAAACCCGUGAGUCUUUCAAAUUUCGAUAUUUCCACCAAGUCGAAGAGAUUCGAUUUUCUGCCUAUCGCCUUAUUUGUAUCUGGAAGAUGUUUGCAAGCGCUCUUAUUGAGAGCGACUUCAACAUCUUCGCCAUCAGGCGUGAUUGAUUCGAUGACUUUAAUGUUCCUAAAGAAAGUAGCCUAAGUGUAAAUAGCGCACACGUUCACUUAUACUCUGCGGAGAGUCUCAGAGACUUAAAUAAUCAUUAAGAUUUGCAUACGAAAGAGGAGAAAUAAUGAGUGCGGACGCUAAAAUAUUUACAAUUCAAAGAUCAUUAUUUGAUUUGUUUAUUUGAUCUGAUAU